AUGCCUAAAUCCAAGCGCGCGCGCGUCGUUCACCUUACCAAAGUCGACAAAAAGGGCAAGGAGCUGUCGCUCAAACUCUUUGCAAAUGUGCGCGAAUCGCUCGAUACUUAUCAGCAUUGUUUUGUGUUUAGUGUGGAGAAUAUGAGGAAUACUUAUUUGAAGGAUGUGAGGAAUGAGUUGACUGAUUGCCGACUCUUCUUCGGAAAGACAAAAGUAAUGUCCAAAGCGCUCGGCAGCGACCCCGCUUCCGAAUAUCAACUCAACACAUCUUUACUCUCCCCUCACCUAGUCGGCAAUGUUGGACUCCUCUUCACCAACCGCGAACCCUCCUCCAUCAUCACCUACUUCCAAGAACUAUCUAAGACAGAUUUUGCUAGAGCUGGAACCGAAGCUAGCAGAAACUUCACCAUCCCCGCCGGGAUCGUAUACAGUAUGGGAGGAGAAAUUGACGCUGAGAAUGAUAUCCCAAUGGCACAUAGUUUGGAACCGGAAUUGAGAAGGUUGAACGUACCGACGACGUUGACCAAGGGAAAGAUUACGUUGGAGAAUCCUUAUUGUGUUUGUAAUGAAGGGGAUGUUUUGGAUAGUAGACAGACUAGAUUGUUGAAAUUAUUUGGAGUUGCUACUGCAGAGUUCACUGUUCAAUUACUUGCGUACUGGAGCGCAGCCAACCAAGAGGUAACAGAGAUAGAGGCUACGGAAAUGAGCGAGUAA